AUAUAUAAAUGCAGAUGUUAUAUAGCACGCAUAAAACGAGCCACACAACCUCGUUUGCCAUUCUAAGUCACCAACAUAAUUUAUUCCGCAUAAAAAAAAUGCGUACGAAAUAGUGCCUUUAUGUUACAAAAACUAAUCUUUCUUAGUCCCGAAUUCUUGUGAGAAAUGUAAUCUGUAAUCCGAUAUAGAAGAGAAAUAAAGAAAACCAGAGCGAGUGAAUUUAAUGAGAGACAAAAUAAUUAAUUCAUGGUCGCCAGUGCCAACGAUACAAACCUGGAGGGUUUACUAACAACAGCUGGUUAGUGCAGGAGCCGAGUCACCAGCUACAAAUCUCCAGGUAAAGGGGAGGCCGAGUCCAGGGAGUAAGUGAAGGAUUCCUGGAGGAGGAGGAGGAAGCUGCAGCAGCAGUCAUGAUGGGACGAACACAGUUACGAGUGACCUGCAUCAUGGCCUUGCUUACUAUCGUCUGUAUCAACACUGUUAUAUUCCUCUCCUCUUACGACCCCAGCCCUGUCACGCAAGACUUACUGAUGGACCCAAAUGCUCCAGUGAUCCUGGUUGCUGAUGAUGGUGAGGACAGACCUGUAGCGCUGCCCCAGGCAGCACCACCAAGAAAACAGCAGGUUGACAGAAACACACACUUCAACACUAGCUGGUCUUCAAAGAAGCAUGUGCAUCUUAUGUUUGGGUCAAUGGCUAACAAGUUGGUGGUGCACUCCUACGAACAAGGGGGUGGUGGAGUGGCCUCUGAAGCCCUCAACUUACUCAUUAAUGAAGUCUUCUUCCUCUACCAACCACUGUACAAGUUAGCUGCUGAGGAGUCCAGUCCUGAAGUGAAUCUCCUUGAUAUGGAUGAGGCCAAACAAGGCGUAGAGUGGCUGCAGCAGGUUUUCAACUGUUCGCUGGCACAGCAGAAAGAUCUUCUACAUAAGCCCUUCCUUUGGAAGUCACACUCAGUGCGCUACACCUACACUACCCAGUGUCACAACCACAAGGUAAACCUGGGAGAGUGUGUAGAGCGUGCUUGUACCCAACGGGGAUUUCGCGCCGUUUACACUCCUCGACUUGGUAUGCCACACAUACACCAACUCGUCAAGGUAUACACCAAGUAUCUCAAGGUAGUGAUGGUGUUGCGUGAUCCUCGGGCAGUGCUCAGUGCUCGGCGACAGGCUAAACGUUCUAACAAUAUAAACAACCUUAUAGAUUUCAAAACAGAGGCAUCAGAGUUGUGUACCACCAUGGCUGCUGACAUAGACCAGGCCAACCUUAUGCGCAAGCAUUACAAAGAUUCUGUCAUGGUGUUGCGUUAUGAACAUCUAUUACUGCAACCAUAUGAAGUCCUCUCAUACUUGUAUGACUUUUUGGGCCUUCAAGUGACUGAUGAUCAACUUGAACGUGUUGUCAGAAUACUCCGACUAAAUCGACAUGAGCAGCUACUCUUAGAAAUAACAAAGAUGUGGCAGCUUGACCUAACCUUGCAAGAGAGUCGAGCAGUUGAUGAAGGUUGUGACAUUUACUAUGACAAGUUGGGAUAUAUAUCUGUACCAGAAACUAUCAACCCCAAAAACAACUACUUUAUCACAUGGGAUCAAGCUAAAUUACUGGAGGAUAUACACAGUAACAGAGUUUUAACAGUGAAACAAAGCCUUUUAACUGAUGUCAAUAACUGAAUGAGCAAGAAUGCCAGAGAAAAUAUUUAUCAAAUGAAAGUUAUAUGGGUUUGCUAAACCAUAAAAGUGAAAUGUAAAAGUAAAAUUAAACAGUGAGGAUGUACUUACAGGUAUAAUUCUAAUUAUUAAAUGCUAAAAGAAAAUAAGGCUACUGAAAUUUAAAAGGAGUAAGUUUCAGGUGGUCUGAGUACAAAACUUGGGUCCAUCAAUAAGUGAAAAUAAAAAUAACAGUUAUGUGCCAACUUGAUAAUCAAGUUUCUGUAACAACUAAAUCUGCCAUUAAACUAUUGGUUAAGAAUUACUGAACUCUAAACAACUUCCUUAGAAUUAUAUGAUUAUUUAGCAACUCAAGUUAGUAUUACGCUGACAUUUAUAACAAAUUUAUAUAUUAUAAAAACUUUAAAUACAAUAUUUUCUUCUAAUGUAUUUGUCUCGUAAUAUUGUACAUCAUACUGUGAUGAAAGUGAAAUACUGUACAAUAUAGAAACAAAAUAUUAAAGUUUGAAUAAUUAUUUAAAAUCAAAUAUCAUUAACAAAAAUUUGAUGAAGAAUAUUACCUCGGUGUGGACUCGGAGAAAAUACUGUGUGCUACAUUCACUCAAUAUUAAACAAAAAAUAUUUUCAUAAUAAAAGUUAACAAUGGAACUUAAAAACAAUAUUUUCAUAAUAAAUAUUAACAAUGGAACUUAAAACAAUAUUUUGAGUAAUAAAAGUUAAGAAUGGAACAUGAUGAGCAUUUCACUAUUCCUGACUACAAAUUGCUACUAGAAUUUCAAUGAAGUACGUAAUUAAAAAUAUAGAUACAAAAUUUGGUUGAAAUACUAUUCCUCUAUGUUUGGUUAAAGGAAAAGCAGUCAGCAGUCAUUCUGAUCAAUUUUCCAUACACAACAUUAUAGGAACUUUCUUACAAAUUCACCUCAAAGUCCCUAAGUUUCUCAGUCAUUUGUAUGAAAUAUUAACCUCACAUAGGGACUACAUUAAUAUGUACACUUAUAAAUGACAAUUAAAUGCAGCAAUUAUGGUACAGUAUAUCAUUUAAAAUACCAUUCACCAGUGUGCUCAAUUCCAAUUUUUUCUCUCUAUUUUAGAGAAAUUUUAAACAAAACAUAAUAUCAGAAGUCUGAGUUCCAGGUAAAUGGGCAAAGGAAGGGAGACAGAGAGUGACAAUUAAGACCAGAGAUAAGAGCUUUCAUUCUCUCUGCCUAAGAAACCCUUUGAAUAGUAAAACUUGAUACAACAGAUUUUUGAAGUAACAACAAAAUCUGCUGGGUAAAUUGUACUUUUAACUCUCUUUAUUUCCAAUGUUGAUUGCAAUAUAUCUGUAAAUUGUGUACAGUACUCUAUAAGGUAUGCAGUAGAAUACUUUAGUUAUUUUUCCCAUUUUUUAGCAUUAUUCUGAUUUAAGUGACACUAGGUCCGUACCCCUUCUUAGUCUGUUAUAUUGAGAGUUUACUGUACAUAAUAAAUAUUACCAAGAAAGAGAACCUGAAGAGAUUUUAUGCAAUUAAACCCUGUUAGACUCUCAUUGAAUUUUCUAUUUUAUUUUUGUGUGUACACUGCAUUUUCAUAAUUUUUUUGACCUAUGUUUGACCAAAGUGCUGGAAAAAAGCAUUUAACCACUUUGCAUGUCUUAUACAUAUAAAGUUCCCCAACUAAAACAAGCUAAAGCUCCACUGAGCUUUUCUUGUUUAUUGUUAUAUAAACUCAUGUCUAUACUUUUUAUACAGAUGAGAAAUUAUAACACAAUAUAAGUUUUAUAUGCAGUAUAUGCACUGGUAUGUUAAUGUUACUACACACCUGAGUGAUCAUCUGAGAGAGUUUGAAAUUUAUAAUAAAAGAAACGAAAUUAA